UAGAUUUUUUCAGAAAAAAAACUUUUUUAAGCUUCAGAACACAUUUUUAUAUUAAAUAUUAGUGUCUUUAGCAGCUUUAAAAAAGAGCAGGGAGACUGAAACUGCAGUAAAAGAGAAUAUUCCUCCCCAUUGAUUCAUGACAGGUUAAGCCUGCCACUGUGCUUAACGGAGUCAACUCUUUUAAGAAUCAGUUAGCUGUUCUGAAUCAGUUUCUCUCUAAUGGCGCGCGGAUACUCUCUCUCUCAGCGGCAGUGCAGGUUAACCAGCGCCACAGCUCGUGCCACUGGCCUUCUUUCUUCACUCUGAGACAAUGAGUGACUACAUAUCCUGGAAACCUGCUGAAGUAUGCCAGUGGCUAGAGAGAAACAAUUUGGGAGAAUUCUCUAAUGUUUUUAUGGAGCAUGAGAUUGACGGAGCAACUUUAGGUGUUUUCACAGAGCGAAUGGCAGAGAGACUCAUACCCAUAAUUAAAAAACAGGCCGUUUUUAUGUCUCUUCUGGAAAAACUGAAAACAAGUGAAGCACACAGACCUUUGAUGGUAGACGUACAAAGACGUGACUCAAGAGCACGGGAUUCAUCUCAUAUUGCCUUUCCCCCAUUGUUGUUGGCUGCACUGGAGAGAAGAGACCAUGAACUCAAAAGCUCAAGGAAGUCAAAAACAAGGACCCUACUACUACAGGCUCUCUUUGACCAUCUGUCUAGUAAAACUUUGUACCCAACACAUCACCAGUAUGUUGAGUUGUUGUCUUCACUCAUAACUGUAUACCCAUACCUGAAAGAGAACUUUGGAUCAGGUUAUGAUGCUUUGCAUGAGUCCUUAAAGAACAAAUUUAAAAAGGAAAGACGUCCCUUGGUCAGUGAUGAAGAAGUGGCCAGAAUGAGAAGAAAGUUUUCCAUUACAGGUUCUGGCAGAAAACGUACAUCUGAGGUUGUCCAAAUACCACUUAAUGCAGUGAGAACCCCUGUUAAUGGUCCUACUGCAACAGAAGAAGUGUGUGUGGAGGAAAGAAACAUUACUGAAAUUGUGAAGACUAUGGCUGAAGAGGUAAAGAAAAUUCGCCCGGAUAUGAUGUUCCUGCAAGAGCAAAUGACAAAGACAAGAGAGUACCGAAGGACAUAUAUCCUCUCUCAUCCUACAAGAGAGAUUUUGAUGGAAUUCCCUUGCCUCAGGCUUCCUGAAAUCCUGCUUUUGGAAAUGAAAGCUCUUCAACACAUCGAUGUAGACAAGCAAGUCACUUUAGUGCUAAACAAAAUGGCCCCCAUGAUUUUACUGCGAGCGUCACACUCCACCAUAAUAAAGAGAUGUCUGGAGACCAUUGAAGACUGUCAGGAAGGUGCAGUAAAAAAAGGUCUGCAGUUGGAGACAGCCAUCCUGUGCCUUCCGUCUCUGUUCAGUGAGGAUGCCUCACUUCUCUUCGCAUUUGAGGAAUCAGGCACAUCCCAGGUGGUCACACCACAGAUUAUCCUGAGUGGGUGUAAGGAGGGAGUGCCCUUGCAGCACAGUUUGGUGAAAGUCACCAUGGACAAGGAAAUCAUAGUGGAAGACUGCACAGACAUCUCCCUUGCCCUCUGUGUACUGUUCAGCACCUACUUUGUCUUCGGAGUGGAGUAUCCUAAGGGACUUAAAAAAACUCUUACAUUCCUUGAAGCAUUUGUGUUUAAAAUGAAAGAAGAGAAAUUUCUUCCAAUUACACUGAAACGAGUAUUCAAUUCUCUCUGUGAGUAGAUUGUGUAAAUAAGAGCUGUGUAGAAUGAAGGACUUCUCACAGCAGUUUAAUUGCUGUUUAAUUAAAUGCAUUUAAUAGUUUAUCAUUUUGCUACAUUUAGUGUAACAUCCAGCAUAUUUCAGGUUUGUUGUAUUUCCAUAUGUGUUUAUUUUAGAACUAUAAAUGCUGCACUUAACCCCACCCCCACACCGAUGCUAUAUGCAUUGAAUGGGCAAAUGCCAUGGUUUAGUUUAGUUUAGCCUUGUAUUUUUGGUGAUUUUAGUCAUGCACAUAAGUACUUGAAUUUAAAAAGGAUGAGCUUUUUUAUUGUUACAUUUACACAAGUAUCCAAUUCUCUCUUUCAGUAUCCUUACCUUUUUAUUUCCUUGUACUUUUAUACUUUUAUACAGUCUGUAGUCUGCAUUAUUUAUUGUCCUCCUAAUUAUUCUUAGCACAGCACUGCUGCUGGAGUUUUGGACAUCACAAAACAUUUCAACUUCACACAACAUUAAAAAGCCUCACUUUCUGCAUGGACAAAUGUAAUUUUGAUAUAUUGACUAAAGAUUAAUUGUUUAUAUGAAUUAACACAAUAAAUGCAAUAAUUUGCUAUGAUUA